AGUCAAUGGCAGUCAAAGACACAAUAGAGUCACAUUCCACAGAGACCAACCUUGGUCUCUCGUCGCUUCCACCAUGCCGCUUCACAGUCACACAUCGGACCCUAUAAAAAGGCUUUCCUCCCUCUUCCGAACCAUCCCCUAUGCGGCCAUGCCUGAGCACCACGCUCUUCGCCCGCCUCCAAUUCGAACCGCUGAUCGUCCUGUAGAACCAGAGGAUAAACGAGAGGGUCAGGAUAAAAAUGAAGGACACCAUGACGACGACGACGACGACGGUAAGGAGGAAAAGCACCGGAAACGAGUCUGUAAAGAACCGUCUAUCGAGUUACGGAAUUGUAAGCCUCCGGAUGAGGCCGCAGAGCCGCGAGAAUCUACUUCAGAAACCCUAGUCGUGGCCUCUUCGGUUGAAUCGGUGGUGUCCAGUCAGAGUGCUGAUUUGCAGGCAAUCUCUACUACGCGGAUUGAUGCCAGAGCUGAAAGUAAGGAGCCAAAUGGACCUUCAAACAAGGAAAUUGUUGUAAGAGAAACAUUCCAGGGAGCUCAGAAUCAGACAGAAGAUCGUUGUGAGGUGACUGUAUGUGCAACUCCAUUGUCUGCACUAUCACCAUCUUCUGCUACACAAUCUUUAUCAUCUGUUCCUAGUUCAACUGUACCAGAACAAAGACUAUCUCCUCAGAGCGUUAAUAAUGUGCACGUGCUGGGAGCGGGCAAGAAAAAUUCUUCUGGUGGUAAAGCUUUAUCUGCUGUUACUGUUGCAAGGACUUCUGCAUCUGAUGGAUACAACUGGCGGAAGUAUGGUCAGAAGCAAGUUAAGAGUCCAACUGGUUCUCGAAGCUAUUACAGGUGUACUCAUUCAGGGUGUUGUGUGAAGAAGAUUGAAUUUUGCAAUCAUUCAGGGCUUAUGAUAGAGAUUAUUUAUAAAGGUCAACACAGCCAUGAACCGCUAAGGAAGACUAACACCACUGGGGAAAUUAAGUUCAUGCCAUCUGAUGAACCUACUGUAGAAGCCAAUCUUCCAGAACAGCCCAUUGGAGUGCUCAAAGAUGCAGAUCCGUCUUCUUCUACGAAAGAACCUCUACAAGAUUUACCAUGCAAUGCUGAUAAGAAACGGCAAAAUUCAUCUGGUCUUAGCGAGAAUGGUAAAAUUAUUUUGAAGGUGGAGCAUAUUGAUGAACCAGAGCUGAAAAGAAGAGUGAAGAAUGGUGACUUAACAGACUUGGACUUGCACGUGGAACCUGGAAAGAAAUCCAAGUUUGUUGUACAUGCAGCAGGGGAUGUUGAGAUAUCAGGUGAUGGAUAUCGAUGGCGCAAGUAUGGACAGAAAAUGGUCAGGGGAAAUUCUCAUCCCAGAAAUUACUAUAGAUGCACAUCUGCUGGAUGCCCUGUCCGUAAGCAAGUUGAGACUGCAGUAGAUGAUCCUAAUGCUAUCAUCAUUACAUAUAAAGGAGCACAUGACCAUGACAUGCCUGUGCCCAAGAAAAGACAUGGCCCACCAACCGCUGCUCUCAUGGCUGCAACUGCCUCUAUCUCAUCAAACAAUUUGCUCCUCAAGAGUACCGAUUUGCAGCAAAACCAACAAAGUUCUGCUCAGUUGUCGGUGGAUUCAGAAGAAGAAUUAACUGAAGAUGCCUCGGACCUUGGGGGUGAGAAAGCAAUUGAGUCGGCUCGAACUCUUUUAAGCAUGGGUGAAGUUAAGCCUUAGCAUAGGUGAAUUUUAGGCUUGUUGAAUGCAUCAUUCAGGUAUAAGGUGGUUGUAUCUCUAUAAAUUGAUUGAUAGGUUUCAUUUAUUUCUCCACCACCCCCCCCCCCCAAAAAAUUUUUUUUACCUUUUCCUUUUCCUUUUGUCCUCACUCUCCGUGUAGUCUCUUGGCAAAACCACAGGUGUCGCAUAUUUGGUUUUACCCUUUUAACCUGUCUAAAACGGAUCAGUAGUAGUAGGCUUGAAUAUAGAGUUGAUUGGUACCUUUUUUCUUUUUGAAAAAAAGAAAAAAAUUCAAUGGUGGGUGAGGUCUGAGAAAUAGUAUAUCGUAUCAUAUACACUCAAAGGCUCAUGUAUUAACAAAUAUUUUGGCAUGCUCU